GAAAGCCAGUGACAAAUGCAAUCAGGAUAAUGAGCUCUUAACCAAACAGGACACUGUGCACAAUUUUGGGAUUAUUAAGGAGACAAGCACAGUGUUUUCCCACACCAGAGGCAGAGCCACAAGGAUAUAUAGGUUAUAAGAUAGGCUGUGUGUGUGUGUGUGUGUGUGUGUGUGUGUGGAGGGUCAUCAUGACAGGGGUGACUGUGUGUUUUGGGACGGUAAACUCAGUCAAGGCUUUAUGGGAAACCAGGAUAAAGAAGAACAAGGAGGAGCUGAACAGAGUGAAAGAGCAGAGGGACAGAGCGACUGUGGGAAAGUUAACAGGGGCAUGGGAGGAUCGAAUCACUUUGGCCAAGUUAAAGGAAAAAAUUGUGACGGAGGAUGGGAGAGUCAUUCUGCGCAUUGAAAAUGAAGAGUGGAAGACUCUUCCUGCAGCUCUGGUCCGGCUCGCUCAGAUUCAGGAAUGGCAGCUUCACCGAACAGGGCUUCAGAAGAUCCCACGCUUCAUUGCUAGCUUUCAGAGCCUUAUCGUUCUCGACCUGUCCCGCAAUGCAAUCAUGGAAAUUCCUAAAGAAAUUGGUAAGCUAACCCGGUUACGUGAGCUACUUGUGAGUUACAACAGACUGAACUGUGUACCUGAAGAGUUGUGCAGCUGUGAGUGUUUGGAGCGGCUGGAACUGGCAAUGAAUCAGGAUUUGGAUGAGCUUCCACAACAACUCAGCAAUCUAAGGAAACUACACCACUUGGAUCUCUCAUUGAAUCAAUUCAGCACAAUUCCUCAGUGUGUAGUGAAUCUCCCUGCUCUCGAGUGGUUGGACAUGGGUGGGAACAGACUGGAGAGCUUACCAGAUGACAUCCACAGGAUGGAGAAGUUGCACACACUGUGGCUUCAGAGAAACAAUUUGGAGUAUCUGCCAGACAACAUCAGUCGAAUGCACAACCUAGACACUCUGGUGCUCAGCAAGAACAAGCUGAGAGACAUUCCUCCACUGAUGGAGGGCAUGACCAACCUCAGGUUUGUAAAUUUCAGAGACAACCCUCUGACGUACGACGUGACUCUUCCCGACAUAGAAGAGGACGUGCCAGAGGAGGAGAGUGAUAGAGAGAUGUUCGGCCGAGAAUUCAUGCACCAUUACAUCAACGAAGCCCGCAAAAGAGAAUCCCAGACUUAUACAUCAGUGCUAAACGUGACACUGGAGGAUAUGAUAGAAGAAGAUGCGUGACACAAUCCUGCAUGCUGGUUGCUU